AUGGGCAAAAGAGUCGGCACAUUUCGCUCCACCUAUGCUGUCGCGCUGGCAUCGGUAGGGUCCUUCUUGAUCGGGUAUGAUACAGGUGUGGUCGGCGGUGUUCUCACCCUGCCAUCGUUCCAGCGCGACUUUGGCUACGCCGCGGAGCAGAAGACGCGCGUAGAAUCCAAUUGCCUGUCACUGCUUCAAGCGGGUGCUUUUUUCGGAUGUCUUUUGGUCUGGCCGAUCACAUCGCGCUUCGGCAGGCGCUGGGCCAUUGUCGCGGCGGCCAUGGUGUUUUGUCUCGGAGCCACUUUGCAGGUCACCACAUACUCACUUGCCUGUUUCUAUUCUGGCCGCGUCGUUGCAGGCCUCGGGACAGGCGCGAGUUCGGUUAUUGUGCCCAUCUACACGGCGGAAGUAGCACCAAAGCACAUUCGUGGCAAACUUGGCGGAUGCUUCCAGCUUUUCAUUACGCUCGGUGUCGCGCUGAGCUAUUGGACGGAUUAUGCUGUGACGGCGGGCAUCCGACCAUCCUCACUCGGACCACCCCCCUCCAAGCAAUGGCAAAUACCGAUUGGACUUCAACUGGUUCCGGGCGCCAUACUCGGGCUGGGGAUGCUGUUUGUCAAGGAGUCGCCCCGUUGGCUCGCCCAGAGAGGACAUCGCGAAGCGGCUUACGCAGCGCUGCUCUGGAUUCGAGGCGUCACCAGCAUGGAUGAGGACUGCCAGCUUGAAUUCCAACAGAUUCUCCAUGGUAUGGAUGUAGAAUUUCGAGCCUCAGGAGGUUCCACCUGGAAAGAACUGUGCCUCCCGUCCAACCGCUGGCGUGUUUUUCUUGCAUUUUCUUUACAGGCGGCCCAACAGUGCACCGGCAACACGAGUCUGGCGUACUAUGCGCCGCAAAUCUUCGUUACAAUUGGGGCUGGCAACCAGUCGAUCUUUGUCACGGGUGUCUACGGUAUGUUUAAAAUCGCUGGGGUGGUCAUCUUCAUCACCUUCCUGGUGGAACGAAUUGGACGAAGAACGCCAUUCAUGGCCGGCGCGUUUGCGAUGGGCAGUUUUAUGCUGGGCAUCGGCAUCCUCGUGGCCAUGCACCCACCCAUGAAUGCAGACGAGAUCGAUACCUACGGGGCUGCCGCCAUUGGCAUGGUGUACCUGGAAGCAUUCUCAUUUAAUUGGUCCUGGGGUCCACUUGUCUGGCUAUACAUUGGAGAAAUAUUCCCGCUGAAGAUUCGAGAAGUCGGUAAUGUUGUGGGAGGCUCUAGCCAAUGGCUCUUUAAUUUCGCCUUUAGCCAACUCACGCCGCAUGCCAUUGCCACGAUCGGUGGGAAGACGUUUCUACUAUACGCAUUUCUCAGCUUCGCCAUCGUGGUGUACGCGUUCUUCGUCGUGCGUGAAACUAGGGGCAAGUCAUUGGAAGAGAUGGAAACUGUGUUUGGGACGGUUGGUGUAUUGGAAGGGCAAGCGAGCAGACUCCAAGCAGAUGAUAGUGUGCGUCUCAUUAGCGACUAUGACUAG